UGUGUUUACAAAGAUUGGUCGUCAGUCAUAAUUUUUAUAAAUCUUGAGCCUUACAUAACCAAUGAAACUAAUUACACAUUAACAUAUUAAUGAUCCAAGAUGACAUCGCGAUGCAGAUAUUUUUGUAGAAGGUUACUGCAAAUGAGAAGGUAUUAUUACCCAACAAUUCAACACUUACCAAAAGUUGCAUUUGGUAGAACUGCCGUGCCAUGUACCUUAGGGUUUUCAUUGUUCACAUGGUUAGGUUUUAACAAGAAACUGAGCGCGGAAGACGAAUUAAUUAAAACUAUAAAACAUUGUGUUCUCUUUACACAAAGAGGCGAAUACGAAAAAGCAGAACAACUGUUACAUAUCGCAUUGAGGCAAGCACAACAAAUGCGAAAUGAGGCUGGUGUGACAUAUAUUUAUGAUGUAAUGGCCAAUUUGGCUUUAGAAAGAGAACAACUGGAUAAAGCUAAGCAGUUAUUUGUCGCUGUCACCCAAAGAAUAAUGGCGGAAGGUGCAAAAGAAGAUGAUCCCCGUGUUAUACACAUUAGUGCAAAGCUAGCGAGAAUAAGUCAUUUGAAAAAAGAGUAUUCUACAGCUAAAUUAGGUUAUGAUUGGUGUUUAAGUAAAUUGAAAAAUUUACCUUCAGAAGCUUUAAAUGAAAUGGAAAAACUUAUAGCUUUGACAGAAGAUUGGUAUGGACGUUUAUUAGUUGACUAUGAGAACAGUAAUAAAGGGCUUGAUCUGAUGGUAAGUUCUUUGAUCAGAAUGGAGAAAUUGGAAGAUGUGGAAAAAGAGCAUAUUGUGAUACAGAUGAAUGACAUUGCAACUGUUUGUGACCAUCUUGAAAAAUAUGAUGAAGGAAUAAGUUAUUUAUUACAAGCUAUUGAAAUUGGUAAACAAUUACCUGAUAUGGACGAAUUAGGAGCAGUUUAUGUUAAUCUAGGAAGGCUGUAUAUGAAGAAAAUGUUAUUGGAUAAGGCUAGAAAAUCCUGUGGAGCCGGCUGGAAACUUGGUGUCACUGCUAAAAAUGAUGAUGUCAAACGUGAAGCAGAAUUAUGCUUUAAAGAAAUUAAAAAUUUGUCCUAAGUAAUUUAAGAAAUAAAUUAAUCUAUCUAAAAAACUUAACUACUGUUCCAAUAACAUACAAGAGAGAAUUGUGUUAUUAAAAAAUAUUUAGAUUUUUUUUCCAUCUAUGGAGU